AUUGAUUUCACCAUACAACAAUCAUGUCGACAUCAUUAAGAAAUGUGGUUCAACGACGAAACCAUAAAGAACGUGGACAAUUAGCUGGAAGGGAAAAGCUUGGUCUUCUUGAAAAGAAAAAGGAUUAUCUUUUACGUGCUCGGGACUAUCACAGUAAACAGAAACGACUCAAAGCUUUAAGGGAAAAAGCUUUAUUCAGAAACCCUGAUGAAUUCUAUUUCAAGAUGAUAAACACUUCAACAAAGAAUGGUGUUCAUAUUCAAAAACGAAAUGAAGAACUUCCUCAUGAAAUGGUACAACUCUUGAAAAGUCAGGACAAGAAUUAUAUCAAAAUGCAAAGGGAUAUUAGUAAAAAGAAAAUGGAAAAACUUCAAGAUUCAUUGCACUUUUUGGACGAAGGUGAAAUCGAAAAACCCAAAACAAGAAGAAACAAACAUAUUGUCUUUGUUGAUACUGAAGACCAAGCCAAAUCAUUUGAUGUCGUCAAACACCUUGAUACAGCACCUGAAUUAGUCCACCGGAAAUUCAAUAGACCUCGUAUAGAUACUUUGAAACAAACUUCUCUCGAUACAACCAUGACCAAGGAAGAAAUCAAGGAAAUGAAACGAGCUCGUGAAAUGAAAUACAAGGAAUUACAAUCAAGAAAGGAACGUGAAAAAGGAUUAAAACGUGCUGAACGAGAACUGGAAAUUCAAAAGGCCAUGAAUGCAAAAGGUGAACGAAAGAAGAUUGGUGUCGACAAGUUGGGAUUACCUGUAUACAAAUGGAAAGCUGAUCGAAAACGAUAAGAAUGUCGCUCAUCUGUCGUUUGGGACAAUCAUAUUAUCCCCCCCCCUUUUCAUUUUCAUUUUAUUGUCUUUUAGUAUUAUUUUGUCAUUAGAAAUACCAUUCUUUUAUUUUUCAUUCCUUUGCCUUCCAUUAGUAUAUAUUGUACUUUGUAUUAUUCAUCAUCAAUAAAAUAAAUAAAAAAAAGUCUAUUCAUGUA